AUGGGGCCUGCUUUGAACUUCCUCAACAAAGCUUUAUACGGCGAUGUUGGCGCCCGGGAAUUUCUGGAAUCCACCACUACGUCCUACGUACUUGAUGUAUCGAACCCGUCCAAGCCGAAAACGUACGGGUGUUGGAAUUUCAUCCACCUGGCAAUCAGUGAGGUGGAACGAUACGAGGCAAACGUCAGUCGGCAAGUGCCUACAGGGGUUGCGCAUGCCAAUGCCAACAGCCUGGUUAGCCACACCCGACUACUCGCGACCAUGGCUUUGCGCGUCGCUCGGCGGCCCCCUGCUGCCGAUCAGGUUUUGAUCUCCAAUUGUAUUCGGGAUGCCGAAAAUUUCUAUGCAACUGAGCAGGAUGUGCAAUGGCUCAAGGACUUCAAUCUUGAAUUGCGAGAAAUUGUCAUGGGUCGCAUUGCAGCGAUGGCGUUCGAUUUUAGCUUCUAUCGCCAAUCCGGAACAACUGCGACAUCGGCCUUUGCCGAUCGAGUUGUGAUCGACACCCUUUGUGCCAUUCUCUCAGCCAAUGCAGUCUCCAGCGGUCCGACCGCAAUCAGGAACUUUUCGACCGAAUGGAUCAUUCCUUCUUCAAAGAGCAUCCCCUCGUUUGCGCUCGUGUCUGUUGUUCGCCAUUUAGCUAUGGAGGGUAUAAGAAUAUCCGCUCCUGCCGGUACUAAGGAUAUGUUGCAACAGCUCUCAGCUCUCGUUUUCUCUGUUGCCAUUGGGCCUCGCUUAGCGGACGCAGUCUCUGGCAACACAGCAAGCUCAUCCACUGAAAUGCUCUCACACUUUGAUAGCUCUUUAAUAGCAGCAACGUGUCUAAACGCGAUGAAGGCGUGGUGCGAAAGCACUGAUUUGAGUUUACCCCAAGUCAAACAUAUUUGUCUGAAAGCCGAGGUGAACAUUGUUGAAGUCCUGAACGACGCAAUGUAUUCUGAUUCCCAUGAAGCCAUAGACGCCCUAGCUGAGCUCAUUGAAUCCACUGUCCACGUGUCCGACGAUGUUGAUGUUUCAAUUGGGCGCAUGAAGCAGCUUCAACACAUACUACAGCUCGAUGAGUCGACUUUUCACUCCAAAUUCGAUGCCGUCAAGCUCGCACUUAUUGAGACCAGGGAGAUGAGUGAUAUUGUCGAGGAACUCGUUUCCGCUGUGGGAUUGCAACGUUUUCGCUUCACGGAGCGCGAGAAAUUGGGGGACCAUGAUGUCUGCCGAAAUUUGGUUCGCAUUGGCGCUUCUGUUUGUGAAACAUGGCUCAACCUGCCAUCCCAAGAAAUGCACAAACGGGUAGACGAUGGUCUAGUACAUCUCCUGCUUAAGGGUGCGGCCCACCCGUCGGUGAAUAUUUGUGCCAUUGCUCUCCAGGCUCUAUCUCAACUCGUGCCAGCGACCCCGAAUCUCGACCGUGAGCUACUUCCUAUUCUUCAACGCCGCGCAAUCACUCCUCAUAAUAUAAGCCCACACGGCUCAGUUUCCCUAGCUGAAACGGACGCUUGCGGUGUCAACUAUCAGGAAUUCAAAGCUUUUAGGGAGACCACUUUGAGUGAUUCUUUACUUGCUUGCUGGAGAGGGAACUCCACAACAUAUAUGAAUUCUUGUACUUCUGCAAUAGAGGAAUUUUGCUUACCGACUGCUACCCCCGACAUCUGCCUCCAUUUAGAAGCAGCCAUUUUUUGCCUCGAAGCAGUUGCUUUGGAGUCUUUACAAGGCAAGGAGCUUAAGCAAUAUUCUCCGCAAAUGAAGCGGUGCUCGGAGUCCCUCUCCUCUAAACCGCGGAGCUUAAUUGGAAACCCGCUCACCCUUGCUCGCCUUUGCAGCUUUGUUCGCCAGUACUCGUCAUGGUUCAAAGACGAAGAUGGUUUAGGCAUAGCUGCCGAUUUGCUGUUAUCUGCGUUUUCGUUGUCGGCAACAAACUACAUAAGGGACGGGAAAAAGUGUGAAAUGGAAAGGGAAACUUGUGAGUCUCCUCUUACCGAGGCAUCGUUGGCCCUUGAGCGUAUCUUGUGUCUUGCCCCUUCACGCUUUACAGACCCUGCGAUUCUUUCAUCAUUGUCCCAUGCAUGGAUCGUAUCAUACAGCGUGAUUCGUCGAGGAAACACUAUCGCUCUAAAAGAACGAGUGGCAUUGUGCACCGGGAUAUGUUUUGCAGCAGCGAGCGCUUCUAAACGUGCUUCAAGCGGUGAAAUCCUGGUAGGAUUAGUAGAUCCUGCUCUAGAGUACAUCAAUCAGCUUGCUGCAGAAUUCGCACAGGGAAAUAGGCUUCAGGAUAUUUCAUCUCAAAUGGCGGAUGAGAUACGAUUAUUGGCUUCUCUUUUCCGAACAUUUGCAACAGCUGGGUCAAUUCAGGCUACGACUAUGGAAAGUGGGUGUAAUACAUCCUCAAAUCGACGCACACAACUGGAAGAGCCAGUAAUCAGUAUGGUUCAAAAAAGUUGGCCCACUGUGACCAAGAUUGCAACAAGCUUUUCUCACGAUAAGAGUAUUGCUUCGUCGUUAGCGUUCUUUCUUGCUGAGUUACUACCUGCAGUCUACACUGAAGCCAGGGAUGCAUCAAUUCUUCGAGAAAUUUUCAGCUUGGCAUUUACUAUUUUAAGAGCUCCCGGUGACUCUACAAACCAGGCUCUGGCUAUAUUUGCUUUUCUUGAAGAGCUGACUGACACGUAUGGUCUAUUUUUAGAGAACGCCCCUCAUACACGCACGCUUGACCCCGAUUUCGAUCUGGCUAAGCAAACGGCGGAACUGCUUCAACGGGCUUUCACUUGUACACGGCUUAAUCUAGGAUCUGCCUGGAUCCGUUCUAAGGAACAAGAUGAAGGGCAACGCGCAUACGAAAGCAAAUCUCCCCCCAGAGGUUCCUCGGAGUCUCUUUCCAAUAGUGCCCUUUGCAGCGCGUUGUCACUGUUAAAGAAGAUGAUGGAGUUUUGCCCUACUUUUUUACUGAGUCUAUCAUCUCGAGUGGGCCAUGAUCAAAAUAGCGAUAUGCUCUUUUAUGAUCAAAAUAGCGAUAUGCUCUUUUAUCGCGCUUUUAAUUCGGCCGUUGAGUCCAUUAAUGACAGUGACCCCAAACUUGGGGUCGAAGCCAUUGGGUUCAUACUUUCGGUGUGGGCGUUGGCGAAUGGUCGGAAACAGAAGCCAGCGUGGUAG